AUGAGCGGCGCCGGGAUUUUCGAGGCUUGCCUUGACAUCCAUGAGCAAGGGGACAUGGAGGGACUCAUGCAGUGUGUGUCCGAAAAGCUAGAGAGCCAACAGAAAAUCACUGCGUCCGGUCUGAAUUCGUGGUUACUAGUGCUCAGUGGAGCACUAGUGUUCUUUAUGCAGGCAGGAUUUGCCAUGCUUUGUGCUGGAUCUGUCCGAAGGAAGAAUACGCAGAACACAAUGCUUAAGAACUUGCUAGAUGCUUGUGGGGCAGCUGUAGCCUUCUUCUGUGUGGGCUAUGCCUUUGCCUUUGGAGGGGAAACCAAUCCAAAUGCAGACAAGAGCAAGACCACUUUCAUUGGGACCGAGAACUUUUUUGGCCAAGGGGAACUCGACCUCGCCUUUUUCUUCUUCCAAUACACCUUUUCCGCCGCCUCUGUCACAAUUGUUGCUGGUACUCUGGCAGAGCGUUGCCAGAUGGCGGCCUACCUGUGCUAUAGUUUUGUCCUGACUGGAUUUGUCUAUCCUGUGGUGGCCCAUGCAGCUUGGUCUUCCACAGGCUUCCUCUCCCCUGCAAACUCUGCCCCUCUCUUGAAUAUUGGACUGGUAGACUUUUCUGGAUCUGGUGUUGUUCACCUGACCGGUGGAACUACUGCACUUUUUGCGACCUACAUUUUGGGGUCCAGAAGAGGUCGCUUCUAUGAUGCAACAACUGGAAGACCGCUGGAAGUCCCUAAACCGUUCCCUGGCCAUUCAGUAUCCUUGCAAAUUCUCGGAAGUUUCAUUCUCUGGUUUGGAUGGUUUGGUUUCAACCCAGGAACGGCUUUGUUGCUGGUUGACAAUCCGUAUCAAGCUGACAUUGGAGCCCUUUGUGCUGUCAACACUUUUUUGGCGUCUUCUGCUGGAUGUAUGUCUGCUCUCUUUUUCAAGAUGAUGAUGAAUUACCGUUACAGCGGUGAAUUUACAUUUGACCUGGUGGCCGCAAUGAAUGGAUCUUUGUCUGGUUUGGUUGCGAUUACAGCCGGAUGUGCCACAUUGGAACCCUGGGCUGGUCUCCUCGUUGGUUUUGUUGCCGGCGCUCUAUAUUUGUGGGGAUCUGACUUUUUGAUUAAACUGAGGCUGGACGAUGCAGUGGAUGCCAUCCCUGUGCAUGGUAUCAACGGAAUGUGGGGACUCAUUUCAGUGGGUCUCUUGUCUGCACCAGAGCGCAUGCGUCAAGCAUAUGGCACCAGUGACUACCCAGGUUUCUUGUACUCAUUGGGCAGGGGUGAUGUUAGUGCCCACCUCUUGGGAUGCCAAGUGCUAGGCAUGCUCUUCAUCUUUGGCUGGUGCCUCAUGAUCAUGCUUCCGUUUUUCUUGUGGCUCAACUUCAUGGGCUGGUUCCGCUCCGAAUCUGUGCAAGAGUUGGUUGGUUUGGAUAUCAGCUAUGGUGGUGUUGGCGCCGCCCAGGGAAUUCUUCAAGGCGGCGAGGAAGGAGAGGAUGGCGUGAAGGAAGAAUACCUUGAUGCCUACGAAAAGUACCGUCAGAACAUGCGCGAAAAGAGGAUCAAGGAUUCUGUUAACAACAGACCACAGAGCUCGGACGAUGAUGACUCUUAG